AUCAGAAAAAUAAUUCGAAGAGUGCAAAAGAGAAGUAUGAAUGCCCAUUAAUCGAGAUCAACACAUAUCUAAGUCUGCAAAUCCAAACACACACAAACACAUUUUUAAGCUUCCAGAUAUUCCAGACAAUUUUAUGAACUCUAGGUAGCCCCAGAUUGGGGUUCUCUCCUAUUUUAUGUCCUUUGUACUCACUUUCAAAAUUUAGUCGUUAUUUUUUUUUCGUAAAUUAAUGUUCCUAUUGAUCACAUUUUUGUUUAUUUCACUCCAACUUGAUAAAUUUACUUUUGCCAGAAAAUCCAUUAGUCAUCUUUAUUCAAAAAAAGAUGUUUCCUCAUUGGUCACAGAAAAAAAAACCACAUUAUUGUUUAUCAUUACUUUCCAUUGUUUCACCGUUAGGGUAUCCAACCAAUUGGCUUUUAGGGUUAGGAAAGCUGCUACAUGCCCUUUUACUUCAGUGGAUCAACACUAUCACUUACAAUAAUGGUAUCAAACUGCGAAAAGCAUGAAAAAAUGUCCCUUUUUAAUCAAGUUUUAAGAGAAUUCACCAUGGUGACAAUGGUCACCUUAAUUUUCUGACUUUUACUGUGGCUCUAAACCUGGUUUCACAUUAUUUUGUAUUCUUAGUUCAUCUCUUGGCCAUGUUUAGUCACAUACAAUACAUGCAGUCAUCAAGCUUAAUUUUUAGAAAAUGUUCAAAAUACUUUAAGUGUUGCAAACUGUUACCGACCACCUUAGAGAAAAAAAGAAAGUUAUGACUCUGAUCUAUUUGAUUCCAGAUUGUAAAAAGUGUGUCAUGUUUAAGUUCUAAGAAGAACGUAACACGGGCAUAACACUAAUUAGCUAUGACUACAACACUGGUUUCAGGACCAAAAUAUUGGAUACUUCGUCAUGCCAGUUGCUCAGGUAUAGCUGUGAACAAGAGCUCACCAAGAGUGCCAGUGCCAUAAACUAAACUUGAGUCUGUUCUUUUCAUGUAGCAUACAGAAUCCAGCUAGUGAUUGGUUCUUUAAGCAAGAAGCUGGAAGAUUUAUCUGACCUUUGUUGUGAGAGGACAACUUGAUCCUGUUUAAGCAUUAAGGUCAUGCGUUGGAGAUUAGCCAAAUAUUCUGAUUAGAUUUGUUGUUGCCAUUGUUCAGAAAAAUAAUUUGAAGAAUGCAGCAGAGAAGACUGAAUACCCAUUAACUGAGAUCAACAAAUAUCUAAAAUUGCAAAUCUCAACGCACACAAAAGAAACUUUUUAAGUUUUUAAGCUUCCACAUAUUCCAGACAAUUAUAUAACAUAUGAACUCUAGGUAGCCCCAGAUUGGAUCGAUUUGAGAGGAGCACCAAGGAGUAAUAACAACUUGUUAAAACUAAUUUUGCCAGAAAAUCUUCAUUCUAAAAAAUAAAUUGUUACAAAUAUUGAAUUCAUAAUAGUAAUACUAACAAUAAUAAUAGCAGCACCUUAUAGUACAGUUUUAAAAAGAAAAUUUCAGACUAUAGCUUUUUCAACUACCAGCUUAAAUAUCCUGUUACGCAAAAUCCAGUGGAUUCACAAGGUUCUAUUUUUAAAACAAGUCCCUAUCAAGCUCAAACUGAAAUUGAUGUAAAAGAUACAUUGCUUGACAUCUACGAGGGCUUGGUUGUCUUGGAUUUUAAAUGAGAUAAAGUCAACGGGCAAUAAGAGCUUCUACUUGAGUUUAAUCUACAAUGAAAGCUACAAGUAAGCAGCUGUCUUGUUGGAAUUUAAGCUAGCUUAUAUUAAUCCACAUUUUCUCUAUCAUUUUAGCACUUUUACUAAGUAAUGUAGGAGCUGCUCGUAAGGUGUUUACUCAUUGGUCACAGAAAAACAAAACCACAUCAUUGUUUAUCAUUACUUUCUAUUGUUUCAGCGUUAGGGAAGCGAAAAGAUUGGCUUUUAGGGUUAGGAGAGCUGCUACAUGCCCUUUUACUUCAAUGGAUCAACACUAUCACUUAAAAUAUUAAUGGUAUCAAAAAUAUAUUUGAUGAUGAGGAUUAAAGGUGAUGUUUCUUUUCAGAGACAUAGGAUAUCUAUACUCAACAUAGCAUACUUCAUAAUGACAGAUUGCAAAAAGCAAGAAAAAAUGUCCCUUUUUAAACAAGUUUUAAGAGAAAUCACCAUGGUGAGUUUAGAGUCACCUUAAUUUUCUGAAUUUUAAGGUGGCUCUGAACCUGGUGUCACAUUAUUUUGUAUUCUUAGUUCAUCUUUUGGGCAUGUUUUAAUAGUCACAUACAAUAAAUACAUUCAUCAAGCUUAAUUUAUAGAAAAUGUUCAAAAUACUUUAAGUAGUCAAAACUGUUGCCGACCACCUUAGAGCAAAUGAAAAAAUUAUGACUCUGAUCUAUUUGAUUCCAGAUUGUAAAUAGUCUGUCAUGGUUAAGUUCUAAGAAGAAUGUGAUACUUCUUAGCUAUGACUAUGACAUUGGUUUCGGGACCAAAAUAUUGGAUACUUCAUCAGUUGCUCAGGUAUAGCUGUCAACAAGAGCUCACCAAGAGAGCCAGUGCCAUAAGCUAAACUUGAGUCUGAUCUUUUCAUGUAGCAUUCAGACUCCAGCUUGAGAUUGGUUCUUUAAGCAAGAAGCUGACUGGAUGAUUUAUCUGACUUUUGUUGUGAAAGGACAACUCAAUCCUGUUUAAGCAUUAAGGUCAUGCAUUAGAGAUCCAAAUUAUGUGAAAGAUUAGCCAAAAAUUCUGAUUAGAUUUGUUGUUGCUAUUGUUCAGAAAAAUAAUUCGAAGAGUGCAACAGAGAAGUAUGAAUACUGCCAUUAAUCGAGAUCAACAAAUAUCUAAGUUUGCAAAUCCAAAUGCACACAUAUGAAACUUUUUAAGCUUCCAGAUAUUCCAGACAAUUACAUAACAUAUGAACUCUAGGUAGCCCCAGAUUGGGUUUUCCCUACUUUUAUGUCUUUUGUGCUUUUAGGGUUAGGAAAGCUGCUACAUGCCCUUUUACUUCAGUGGAUCAACACUAUCACUUACAAUAAUGGUAUCAAACUGCGAAAAGCAUGAAAAAAUGUCCCUUUUUAAUCAAGUUUUAAGAGAAUUCACCAUGGUGACAAUGGUCACCUUAAUUUUCUGACUUUUACUGUGGCUCUAAACCUGGUUUCACAUUAUUUUGUAUUCUUAGUUCAUCUCUUGGCCAUGUUUAGUCACAUACAAUACAUGCAGUCAUCAAGCUUAAUUUUUAGAAAAUGUUCAAAAUACUUUAAGUGUUGCAAACUGUUACCGACCACCUUAGAGAAAAAAAGAAAGUUAUGACUCUGAUCUAUUUGAUUCCAGAUUGUAAAAAGUGUGUCAUGUUUAAGUUCUAAGAAGAACGUAACACGGGCAUAACACUAAUUAGCUAUGACUACAACACUGGUUUCAGGACCAAAAUAUUGGAUACUUCGUCAUGCCAGUUGCUCAGGUAUAGCUGUGAACAAGAGCUCACCAAGAGUGCCAGUGCCAUAAACUAAACUUGAGUCUGUUCUUUUCAUGUAGCAUACAGAAUCCAGCUAGUGAUUGGUUCUUUAAGCAAGAAGCUGGAAGAUUUAUCUGACCUUUGUUGUGAGAGGACAACUUGAUCCUGUUUAAGCAUUAAGGUCAUGCGUUGGAGAUUAGCCAAAUAUUCUGAUUAGAUUUGUUGUUGCCAUUGUUCAGAAAAAUAAUUUGAAGAAUGCAGCAGAGAAGACUGAAUACCCAUUAACUGAGAUCAACAAAUAUCUAAAAUUGCAAAUCUCAACGCACACAAAAGAAACUUUUUAAGUUUUUAAGCUUCCACAUAUUCCAGACAAUUAUAUAACAUAUGAACUCUAGGUAGCCCCAGAUUGGAUCGAUUUGAGAGGAGCACCAAGGAGUAAUAACAACUUGUUAAAACUAAUUUUGCCAGAAAAUCUUCAUUCUAAAAAAUAAAUUGUUACAAAUAUUGAAUUCAUAAUAGUAAUACUAACAAUAAUAAUAGCAGCACCUUAUAGUACAGUUUUAAAAAGAAAAUUUCAGACUAUAGCUUUUUCAACUACCAGCUUAAAUAUCCUGUUACGCAAAAUCCAGUGGAUUCACAAGGUUCUAUUUUUAAAACAAGUCCCUAUCAAGCUCAAACUGAAAUUGAUGUAAAAGAUACAUUGCUUGACAUCUACGAGGGCUUGGUUGUCUUGGAUUUUAAAUGAGAUAAAGUCAACGGGCAAUAAGAGCUUCUACUUGAGUUUAAUCUACAAUGAAAGCUACAAGUAAGCAGCUGUCUUGUUGGAAUUUAAGCUAGCUUAUAUUAAUCCACAUUUUCUCUAUCAUUUUAGCACUUUUACUAAGUAAUGUAGGAGCUGCUCGUAAGGUGUUUACUCAUUGGUCACAGAAAAACAAAACCACAUCAUUGUUUAUUUUUUUUUUUUUUUUUUUUUUUUUUUUUACAAAUGUUCCUAUUGAUCGUAUUUUUUUAUUUCACUCUUUAACUUGGAUCGAUUUGAGAGGAACACCAAUAAGUAGUGACAACUUGUUAAAGCUACUUUUGCCAGAAAAUAUAUUAGCCACCUUCACUCAAAAAAAUAAAUUGUUACAAAUAUUGAAUUCAUAAUAGUAAUGAUAACAAAAUGAUAAUAUCAAUAAUAAUAACAGCACCUUAUAGCACAGUUUUAAAAAGAAAAUUUCAGACUACAGCUUUUUCAACCACCAUCUUAAAUAUCCUGUUAUGCAAAGUGCAGUGAAUUCACCAGGUUCUAUUUUUAAAACAAGUCCCUAUCAAGCUCAAACUUGAUGUAAAAGAUACAUUGUUUGAAAUCUAAGAGGGCUUGGUUGUCUUGGAUUUAAAAUGUGGAUUAAGUCCACUGGCAAUAAGAGCUUGUACUUGAGUUUAAUCUACAAUGAAAGCUACAAGUAAGCAGCAGUCUUGUUGGAAUUUUAGCUGGCUUAUAUUGAUCCACAUUUUCUCUAUUUUUGAGCUUUUUUACUCAGUAAGGUAAGUGCUGCUUGUAAGGUGUUUUCUCAUUGGUCGCAGAAAAACAAUACCACAUCAUUGUUUAUCAUUACUUUCCACUGUUGCACUGUUAGGGUAUCCAACCAAUUGGCUUUUAGGGUUAGGAGAGCUGCUACAUGCCUUUUACUUCAAUGGAUCAACACUAUCACAAUACAAUAAUGGUAUCAAAAAUAUAUUUGAUGAUGAGGAUCACUGCCUAUUUCUAUGGUGAUGUUUUCUUUUUAAAUAUGCCUUUUAACUUAGGUUUUAAAAGAAAUCGUCAUGGUGGGUUCAGACUUAAGUGUCUACUUGAUUUUUUGACACUUAAGGUGGCUCUGAACCAGGUUUCACAUUAUUUUGUAUUCUUAGUUCAUCUUUUGGGCAUGUUAAUAGUCAGAUACAAUAAUGCAGUGAUCAAGCUUAAUUUUCAGAAAAUGUUCAAAACACUUAAGUGUUCAACCUGUUGCCAACCACCUUCGGGCAAAAUAGGAAGUUAUGGAAGAUUUAUUAAGUACAAUCGAGACAAGAGCACGAAAAGAUUUUUAAUGAAUAGAAGAUAAUAACUGAUUUUGGCUCAGCUGUACAAACACAUCAUAAUCAAGUAAAAAGCACAUUCACAAUUCAGUUCGUUCAUGGGUCAUAUCCUGUUGCAUAACACAAGUCGUUAUUUUUUUAAUAGCCAGAGAAUAGCCCCACUAAUUGUGCAUAACAUAAUUGUAAAGUAUUUUGAAAUAAUUAUUGAAUAACUUGUUGUUGGUUUUGUUAUUGCUCACUAGCUACAUGUCAAAGGAUUAUACCGGCUAACAUACAGAAUAUUUCGUACAGAAUAACAGACACUUCUAUCAGUUUAUAUCAGGUUAAAAUAAAGAAGUAGUCACUGACUUAAGUAACAACCACCCGAUAAAAAAAAUACAUUUGUUGGCCAAAACAGAUAAAAGGGAGAAGACAAUAUUAUACCUGAGAAUUUCUUAACCCUUUAAGCCUCAAUAUUAUUCUGCUAUGUGAUGUCCAUCAUUUCCUUGAAGGAUUAGUUUAGAGAAUUUGAUGAAAGAUCAAAGGAUGUCCUCCUUUGUGAUCAUUUUAUUAAUUCUCUUAACCUACACUCUUGAUUAUGUUUGAAAAUGUUAGGAGAAACUUGAUGUUAGUCACUAUCGUGAAAAGAGGCCAGACACACUGAGGGAGUAGAGCCUGAGUGAAGAAGGUGGCGUUAUCUCUUUGCUUUUUAAGCAGCCAAAAGCAAAAAUAAACAAACAAAUACAAUUCAAUUCAUAAACUACGAUAGUUUUUAAGUCUCUAGGCAAUUUUUAUCUUGCUAUGUAGGUCGAAUAAAAUGGCAGCUGAUUGCUGUCAUGUGGAAUCAGUGCAUGUCAUUAUAUCAGUUUUUAGAGAGAUUGUGCAAGAAGAGAUAACUGUUGUCAUCGGCAUACUUUGACUUGACCCUGGAGUGUGAUUUGUUGCAUCAAAGAGGUUAUCCUAAAAGGGGUAACUUAGUCCAAGGAAAACAGGUGACAUUUCACGAGACUACCAUUGGUUUUCCACAAAAUGAUGUCAGUGGAAUGAGCGCAAAAACUCCAUACUGAUAACAUGUCGCUACCAAGUUCUGUAUAGUAUAAUAGCUCUUCCAAAAUUGGUCAUACCAUGAAGGAAAUUAUUUUGAUUCAACCUGCCAUGAAUCAAAAGCACUUCCCAGAUCAGAUCUAUGUGGGUAGUGACAAGUCAUCAGUAUGGAAUUUCUCCAAUCCUUCUUCAGAUGUCAUCUUACAAGGAAACCAGUUUGUUCUCCGAAGUUACUCCAUUUUACCACACUAGCAGAGUCACUUCGAUCUUUCCUAGAUGAGUCGGGAAAGAGGAAGCGACUCUUUCAACAUCUUCAAGUUCCUUUGAUCUGCCGAUCAUCCAACGAUUUAGAUGAGUCAGACAAGUUUCAUACUGGAUAAACCAGUUUUACCUGUGCAUGCAUGCAUAUUUCGGAGUUUUGCUGACUCUUUCCGCGCCCAAACUCCAUAACAAGAUAAAUAGCUGCUGCUUCAAUUUUAUGCAAGAAUUUUGAGAAAAUUACAGAUUGAACGUUCAGUUUGAGAAAAAUUGGAAAAUGCACCCACACUUGAGAUGGAUUUCGUUUUGGAUUUAACCAUGUACUUAGCCGAUUUUACUUGCGAGAACCGAUCCCCAAUCCAGUAAGUGUUACGCGAAGUUCUUGGAUGGAUAAACAAAAUGGGUUUUGAAUAAAAACAUUUACGAAACAAUAUCUAUGGCUAUUCUUUGGUGUUUGCUCAUUCAUAACAUUAAUUCAAAAUAAGAUCAUGAGGCUACAGAAUCCACAUCUUGCAUUUAAAUGAUCAAUGCUUUUACAGAUGUUUUUUGGAUAAUACCCGACCUGCAAUGCCAAAAACGUCUUUGGAUUUUGUGUUUUUCCACGACGUCCACAAUCUGAAGAAGUGGCCCUUUCUUCACUUCCCACCUUUACAUUUUCGCGAACCUCUUAGGAAACGAAAGGCCAUGAUUUGUGAUUUGUGAUUGGUGGAUUUUGAUCCGUUUUGUGUGUUUCUGUGUUCAAGGUUCGUAGCUUUGUUUUUGAAAAGCACCUUAAGUUUUACCUUAGUUCUAAGUUUUUUUAACUUUUUUAUACUGAAACGUGGCAAGUUUAGAUUCCGAACGUGAAAUUGUUCCUAUACAGCUUCCAAAUCCAGAGGAAACACAGAUAUGGAAGGGUGAAAACGAAAUGAUACGUUCCUGCUAACAUUUAAAUUUGCUGACAAACACAGUGGAUGCUAUGGUAACGGUUUGAUUGACGUCGCAGAAAAAUUUGAAUUUGGAGCAUGCUCAAUAAGAAUUGUUGAGGAUGUCGGCAGAGGUUCCUUCCUCUUCCCGACUUAUCUAGGAAGAUCGAAGGAGACUCUGUUCGCAGGGUAACUCCAUUUAAGCCUCAACAAUUUUGUCGCUGUAUGUAAACAGAACCAACGAUAUAUCUCAGAAAAUCAAUCAUAUUAAAUCAAGUUGCAUGCAUUAAUUUUGAUUGGUUCUAUAUAUGCAGAUACGCGUAGGACCCUUUAUUUUUAAGACAGCAAGUGGUUCCCUUUUCAAAGAUACUCAAGUGACCUUUCCACAUUUCACAAAACAGAAAAAACACUUCAUGCAAUCUUAAAUCACAAUAAAUAUAAAAUCACGAGUCACAAUGUAAGAGAAAACCAUUCAUUUAUAUGACACAAUAGGAUAAAGAGGUCUGACCAUGGCUCACAAAACUACCCUCUACUACGCUCUAGCUUAAAAAUGCAAUUUAGUAGUUUUAUCACAAUUUGUAUAGAUGGUUUACAGUUUUUGACAUAAUGCCUUAAUGGUCAUAAUUGACCAAUAACAGGGGAACUUUGCCAAAAUUAAACUUCAAGAAACACGAGAAACUGUUUCAAAGAACCCAGUGAAGAAGGUAACAAAAAAAACAUGAUCCAUAGUACAGCAGCAUAGAUUUUGUUGCAACCGAUGCUCAUCUUGCCCACCUAAUAAACAAAUAACCUUCAUCUUUCAAAGUUAAAUACUCUUGCCUUUUUGUUGUUUAAACUUCUAAGUGUACCCGUCCCAUAAAGCAAUCAUUUUUAAUCACAUGCAUUCUACUUUAAUUUUUUAUUUUGUUGUAACCGAUGCUCGUCUCAGCCACCUUAAACAACCUUCAUCUUUCAACAUUAAAUACUGUUGCCUUUUUGUUGUUGCUGCCUAAACUUCAAAGUGCACCCUUUCCAUUAAAGUAACUUUUAUUAAUCACUUGCAAACUUACGAUUGCCUAUUUUUGAUUUAGUUGCAACCAAUGCUCUGACAUCUUGUCCAACUUAAACAACCUUCGUCUUUCACAACCCUUGCCUUUUUGUUGUUACUGUCCAAACUUCCAAGUGCACCCAUUCCAUUAAGGCAACUGUUAUUUAUCACUUGCAAUCUUACGAAAGCCUAUUUUUUUCACUUUCAUUGUUGAAACCGAUGCUCAACUCAGCAACUUUAAACAGCCCUCAUCUUUCAAAGUUAAAUACUCCUGCCUUUUUGUUGUUGCUGCCUAAACUUCCAAGUGUACCACAUUUCCAUUACAGCAACUUUUAUUAAGCAAAACACCAAGCUUUUUGAAAAAAAUCCACUUUUCAGCAUAAAACAACCAAAUCUGUCUAUUUCAUGUAAAAUCAGGUGAAAAAGUUGGUACAAGGCCAUUUUUUACGUUUUUUGAUUAACCCAUUCGCCCCUGAACCGCCCGUAACUGCCCGUAACCGCCCGUGCGGAUCCAGGUCCUUUCUACCCUCUGUGACGUCAUCAGUUUUAACGGUCAAGGACGACUUUCUUCGCUAACUUGUGCAGAGUGAAGAGAUCUUUCAAAUCAUACCAGAAUGAGUAAAAUUCAGUCAAGGACACUGGAGAAAGAAGCAAAAAACCACGUGACAUGGACCUGAAAAUCUCCAAGAAAAUCUUGUUCCAUUGCCCACCUACCUUUCCUUUCACCUAAUCCUAAGAUCCUAAAAGCUUUCCUAAAAACUAUUCCUACCAAAAUGAAGCCUACUAAAUGCCCAGCAAGAGAAAAAAAAAUGAGGCAAGAAAAGCGAAAUAAGAAGGCAGGAGAGAAAGCAAGAAGUCGAAAUUUUGCUUUCUGCGCAUGCCCGUUGAAG